CUGACCUGACAACAACAUUCACCAAAAUCUACCGGGGAGGGCAAUCAUUUUACAAGCUGGUGGGGAAAAAACAGUUAUCUUAGGAUCACCCGGCUUUUAAAUAUGUGUUUAUCAAAGAGUUGUUGUCGUGCGUGAUGUUUCAGGGAAUUCAGCAGCUUGUUUGAUGACAAUUGCGGUGUAAUUCUUGCUCGAAAUCAGCUUGUUUUGUUCGGUCAAAGCUGUGCUGAUCAGUGUGUUGUUGUGGGGUGAACAUACUUAAAGGACAGUCUGUACGAUCCUAGACAACUAGUAAUUCAGCUACAGACGGCCUAUUUCGAUACCCCCAGUAUCUAUAGUCUUUUACCUUAUAGGAGAUUUUGCAGACACGUAUGCUAAUCUAAGCUAGCUUGAGUAACAAAAACCCAUGACGAUAUCAGAGUUUCUUUGCCUGCCAAUAAAUACAUUUCGGUGGUUAUUGCUUGUAGUUUCUAAGUUGUUCACGCUUUAGACUGCUUGAUCACUUUUAAAUCAGAGUGUAAGCUGGAAAAGUCUGACCUAGUGCCAGUGCUAUACCGAUGUCAACGGAUCUAUUUAUAGUUCAUAUUGAAUAUUUGAUUUUAAGCCAGUGUCUUAAUUUGACAUAUCACAGUUUGAAUUCCAAUGAAAUUCUAGGCAAACAAGAUCCUCAAUGCAAUAAUCAGAUAUGAUUAUCUUUACUCGUCUAUCUUGUUGAUUGCACAUUUGGGUUGGUCUCUAUUGUUGUGGGUUCAGCUUUCAGUAGAUCUACCGCAUCCCAACCAGAUAAUAUUGAUUUAGUCAAGUGAUCAACAGAGAGGCAUUAUCACUUUAAAUUAUAUUGCUUCCGUUCGGUUCGCUACCUCGCUGUUAAAUUUAGACUUAUAAUGAGCGGCCCAGGCUCGUCGGUGGAGAAGAGGAUGAACGGCAUCCUGGUUUGUCAGGAGAGUUACGCCUGCGGUGGCUCCGACGAGGCCGCUUUCGAGUGCGACGAAUGCGGCAGCCUGCAGUGCACCCGCUGCGAGCUGGAGCUCCACCGUCAGGACCGCAUGAGGAACCACGAUAGGAUCCGAAUCGCACCUGGCCACGUACCGUACUGCGAUUCGUGCAAAGGGGACGGCGGGUUUCCAGGGAACGGGGGUCGGCUGAGAGCAGUGGUCCGGUGUCAGGGAUGUAAAACCAAUCUGUGUUUGGACUGUCAAAAACGAACUCACAGCGGUGUCAGUAAAAAGAAGCAUCCACUCACUGCGUACCCUCCCAUUAAACCUGCGGAGGAGAACUCCAGCACUGGAGACGAGCAGCUAGAUGCAUUGAAAGCUAAAUUAGAGAAAGUCUGCAGCUUUCUUCUAGUGGAUGAGAAUGAAGACAUGCAGGUGAAUGAUGAGGAGGAAUUUGUGAGGAAAUUAUGCUGCAGUCCGGAUGAGCUUUUGAAGGUCGUGUCCAUUUUCGGCAACACUGGAGAGGGCAAAUCCCACACUCUCAAUCACACUUUUUUCUUGGGCCGUGAAGUGUUCAAGACAUCCCCAACCCAGGAAUCUUGCACUGUUGGGGUGUGGGCAGCACUGGACCCUAUUCAUAAAGUGGUGGUUGUUGAUACAGAGGGACUCUUGGGGGCAGGAACCCACCAGGGACAGCGAACCCGCCUCCUCCUGAAGGUGCUUGCCGUGUCCGAUCUGGUCAUCUAUCGGACACAUGCUGACCGGCUACAUGAUGAUCUUUUUAAGUUUUUAGGUGAUGCAUCAGAUGCGUAUUUAAAGCAUUUUACUAAGGAGCUAAAAGCCACCACUGCCCGCUGUGGUUUGGACGUGCCCCUUUCCACUCUAGGUCCUGGUGUUAUAAUCUUCCAUGAGACCGUCCACACAAAAUUAUUAGGGUCAGAUAAACCAUCAGAAUCAGCUGAGCGGCUUCUUCAGGAACGUUUCAGAAAGCUGGGUCUCUUUCCUGAAGCAUUCAGCUCUAUUCAAUACCGGGGCACUCGUACCCACAACCCUCCCACUGACUUCAGUGGUCUGCUGCGUAGCAUUGAGCAGCAAUUAGACAACAACACUACACGAUCUCCACGAUCUGCUGGAGUCAUCUAUAAAGCCCUGCAAGCUUUAAGUGAAUGCUUUAGUGGAGAGAUUCCUGAUGAGCAUCUUGCAAGCAACUCUUUCUUCCCAGAUGAGUACUUUACCUGUUCCAGCAUCUGCCUCAGUUGUGGUUCUGGCUGCAAAAACAGCAUGAAUCACGUACGGGAGGGCGUUGCACAUGAGGCUAAACAUCGCUGCCGGUACUCCGCCCACUAUGAUAAUCGCAUCUACACCUGCAAGGCAUGUUAUGAGAGUGGCAAGGAGGUGAUUGUGGUUCCUAAGACAACGGCAUCCUCUGACUCACCUUGGUUUGGAUUGGCAAUAUAUGCUUGGUCCGGAUAUGUGAUUGAAUGUCCAAACUGCUCAGUGAUCUAUAGGAGUAGGCAAUACUGGUAUGGGAACCAGGACCCCGUUGAUACAGUGGUCCGGACUGAGAUACAGCACGUCUGGCCAGGGUCCGAUGGAUUCUUGAAGGACAACAACAACGCUGCUCAGAGGCUGCUGGAUGGUGUGAACUAUAUGGCUCAAUCUGUCUCGGAGCUAAGUGUCAAGCCUGCUAAAGCCGUCACUGCCUGGCUAACAGACCAGAUUGCUCCUGCUUACUGGAAGCCCAAUUCUCUCAUCCUUAAAUGUUAUAAAUGUGGAGAGGGAUUCCAGGAUAAUGACACAAAGCACCACUGUCGAGCCUGUGGAGAAGGUUUCUGUGAUGGUUGCGCCUCUAAGACACGGCCGGUUCCUGAGAGAGGUUGGGGCCUAGCACCAGUGCGAGUCUGUGAUUCCUGCUUUCAAAAUAGAGGGAUCCCUGAAGAACUGUUGGAUGCAGCACUGGAAGAGGAAGAAGGUGGCACUCUGAUUGCCAGGAAGGUGGGAGAAGCUGUUCAGAACACAUUAGGAGCAGUAGUCACUGCCAUAGACAUCCCUCUUGGCUUGGUAAAAGAUGCAGCCCGCCCAGCGUAUUGGGUCCCUGACCAAGACAUCCAUUGCUGCAACCAGUGCCAACGCGAGUUUAACGCCCGUCUUUCCAUUCAUCACUGCCGUGCAUGUGGACAAGGCAUAUGUAAUGACUGCUCCCCUGAUCGCCGGGCCGUGCCCUCCAGGGGUUGGGACCAUCCUGUGCGGGUGUGCAUCACCUGCAACCAGAAACCUGGAGACCUCUAGCAGAACUGAACAUCACUCCACAUGAUAAGACACCCCAUAUGUGGCCACAGUGUUUCAGUCCAGGUUGGAAGUGAAGCGCUGCUCUCGAAACAAUAAAACCUAUUGCUUGUAUAAAGCAAGAGGAACAUAUUUGCUUUUCGUCCCAUUCAGCACUGUCCAUUCACAUACAUGCUCCUCAGCUUUACAUAAGCUGUUUGCAGUUUAAGAAAUACAAUGGCCUAUUUUUUUUAUUUUAUUUUUUUUAAGUUCAAUUGAAAAUCCAUUGAAAAAAAAAAAGUGUCAGACUCUUGACAAUCAUUUGUUUAUCAUGCAAUAUGUUACUUGUGGGUAAAGGCAGCUAACUACAGGAUACAUUAGACAAGUGCACAAAUAUUAGUUUUAGCAUAUAAGCAUUGUUUACUGUCCUGUUGCGUUGCUCAGUUUGUUAGUCCUUGAAGAUAUUAUUUUACCCUGUCCAUUUGCUUUUUAAUUUUUAAAUGCAAUAUGUCCAUAUUGUUUUGCAUUCCUUUACCCUCAAAGGAAACCUAGAAUAGAUUCUACAUUAAUU